UUUCCUUUCCGGCCUCCCUCUGGAGCAGCUUGUGACCAUUAACUCCCUCACUCGCCACCCCACCCCCAGCUGUCUCUGAGCCCGUGGUAGAAAAGGGGGGUUAUCCUGCCACUCUAGGGCGCGCCGUCAGAUCCCUGCUGCAUCUGGCCAUGGCUACAGCCUGGGUGCGCCUCCUCCUUCUCCUGGGGGUCCUGCUCCCCCGCCGGGGCGAGUUCCUGCUGUUUAAACAGGGGCGUCAGAAGCGGGUAGGAGCUGGGUGCUCCCACCACUCUCAGUGCCUCAGUGACUGUUGCCUCGCGAACUUGGACUUCGGUCGUAACUUCUGUGCCCCCAAGACAAGAAAAGCCAUGCCAUGCUUGCCCCAGACCAAGGGAGCCAUCAACAUCCUAUGUCCCUGCCGAGGGGGUUUGAAUUGCAUAUCCAGGGAUGUGAACUGUGCCCGCCGGUGCUACUUGAUGUAGAGGAUGCAGGCUGUUCACUGCCACUCCUUCCA